ACUUAUGGCAGUCUAUUAACCAAAAAUUUGAAUACUUCAAACAAGAACUUUAUUCAUCAAGACCGAUUUUCACCGUUGGCAAUAAUGAAACUGAAAUUAAUUUAUUAGAUGACUAUACUAAAACAAAGACUAGCGAAUUACUAAAAGUAUCUGAAGUUCAAGUAAAUGAACGGAUCAAAACUUCCCGCGGAAGACUAUUACCUGGGUUUAUCCCAUCCUCCGUUGCCGAAUCCUUAAUAAAGAAAACUAAUUUGAAUUGGAGAGCACCAGCAAUUAAUUAUCUGAAUUCCAUUUAUUUUGUUAUUUUAAAAUUGGUUAAUAAAAGCGUCGAUGAUACAUUUUCAAGAUUUCCAAAUCUAGUUGGACAAAUAAGUGAUUUCCACGAAGUUUUAAAACGUGAAAAUCAAGAACCUACAAGCACUUUAGAGAUUAUGGCAUUGGUCAUGGCUUAUUUCAAAAUUGCACUUAAUCGUUACGUGGACAUUAUAGCCAUGACCAUCAUUCAUACAUUCAUUGACCAAUUUACUAAACAUAUUGAAGAAAGAAUGAUAGGAAUUUGCGUACUUGAUGGUAAAUUUCAAUUAGAUGAAAUGAUUAAGGAGGAUGACUCUAUUAAACAUCAACGUGAUUAUUUGACAAAUCUCGAGAAGAAUUUGAAAGAAAGUCUUGAUAAUAUUGUUAAAUUUGGCAUUUGA